AUUUCCAUGAGAGUAUCGCUUAUGGGUAAUGAUGAGAAACGUUUGAAACGAAAGAAGACAGCUUCAAGAAGAAAUGUUCGCAAUGCACAAUUCAACGAAUCCUUGACAUUUGGAAUACCAAAACGAACCCUGUGUGAUGUAUCACUUGAGAUUGAGGCUAUACAUGAAACGGGUACAUUUGGAAUGACUACAGAAGUUGUUGGACGGAUGGAGCUUCCAUUACACAGGCAUGUUUUGGCAGGAAUCACAGAGAUAAUUAAUUAG